UAGAGAUAAGAGUAACAAGGAUCAAAAGAGCGUAAGAAUUGAACCAACCAAAGCUUAGGAGCCUCUUUCUUAUGCUAGCAUGGAUCUUAAUGAUCUUAACAAAGUCUGGGAAAUCAAGCCGCUAAAAGGAAUCGGAGAAGAUGAAGCAAGGAAGAUUCUUGAAAAGGUAGCUAAGCAGGUUCAACCGAUAAUGCGAAAAAGGAAAUGGAAAGUCAAUGUUCUUUCUGAAUUCUGCCCUGCCAAUCCGUCACUUUUAGGGUUAAAUAUAGGACCGGGUGCAGAAAUAAAGAUUAGAUUGCGGAGGCCAAACUGCGAUUGGGAUUUCUUCCCAUAUGAGCAGAUUCUCGACACCAUGUUGCACGAGCUUUGCCAUAAUGAACAUGGUCCCCAUAAUGCUCAGUUUUAUAACCUUUUGGAUGAAAUCAGAAGGGAAUGUGAAGAACUGAUGGUCAAAGGGAUUAAUAACACUGGGAAAGGAUUUGAGCUUUAUGGAAGACGUCUAGGUGGAUCCUCCCAGCAAGCACCUUUGUCAUCACUUCGCCAGACUGCAUUGGCAGCUGCUGAAAGCAGAGCACGUCAUAGCGCUUUGCUUCCUUCAGGACCUCAGUAUUUAGGUGGUGAUACAAAUAUUAAGUCUUCUCUGAGUCCAAUACAAGCUGCUGCCAUGGCUGCUGAAAGGAGACUGCACGAUGACAAGUGGUGUGGGUCAAAGUCUCAAAGGAGUGAGCCUCAAAGAAGGGAGAAUACAAGUUCUAGGGAAGCCUCUGCAAGAUCUAUUCAAACUUCAGCUAUCCAAUCCGCAACAGCCAAGGAAACAUUUGAGGGAGCAAAAUGGCAGUGCAACACUUGCACUUUGAUAAAUAAGCAUGCCUAGCAGAAUGAAAAGGAUCAUUCAAUAGUGCCUAGACACUAAUUUCAUAAGCUCUUCAAUUUUUCAAGUUGUCUUGCUGGAGGCCAAACUUGAUUCAUGGAAUUAAAGUUCAUUCUACCAUAUUGAUGAAGUAGGUUGUUAGAUGUGUACACGAUGUUUUGGCAUAAAGAAAACAAUAUAUGUUGUACACAAAGGUCAGUGUCAAUUUGUUUACUGAUUAACCUAUGUAUAUAGCCUGCUAUUUUGAUUGUAGGGAUGAUUAGGUAAGGCUCUACCAUUUUCACUUGUGCCUUUAAUUUUAAACCGUUAUUUCAAUCUGCAUUGAUCAACAUGUGGCAUCACUUGAUUUCUAUAGUCAUUUUAUAACUAUAAGAAUCUGGUUAAUAAUGUUUAAACCUGUACACUUGGAGAAAUUGUACCUAGGCAACUAUGUACCCAACUUUGAAAAGCAUAUUAAGUUGAGAUUAUCUGAAAAAUGCGUGAGCGUUACAGAGGAGUUUGUAUGCUUUGUAGCACCCCCAAACUUCCCAAAAACACAUUGAUCUAGUGUUUGUUGGUUAUAUUAUGUUAACUCACUGCGCAUGGACUAAAAUGUGUCUGUUGAGGUCUUUUGUGUUAUUAAUAAUAAUGCUAUUAUUUGACAAUUUUAAAUGUGAUUGGAAAAAUGCUCUUGCAUGCAUUGGCUAGAAUUAUUUGUGGUGGUGAUCUGGUGUA